GAGGCAAACUAACUAAUAUACUAAUAUAGUAUGUGAAAAAACACACAGUACAGAUAUUGCGAAACUAAGAAAGAUAACAGAUUGAUAAAUCGCUAGUCUAGGCACGCGAUAUUCUCGAUUAUCCCCUGCAACUUUCAUGUUCAACCUCAACGUUGAACCUCGUAGCAUAAACCCUAACUACCAUUUCUCAAGUUUCCAUGGCGUUUGCUCCCGCACUCUCUCUCCUCAUCCCUUUUUCACCUACCUCAUCUUUUCCCUUUAAGCCAUCUCCCAAACUACUCUUUUGUCCUCCUAAAUUUCUCAACUCUGUCCUCUCCGCCGCUUCUUCCUCCAACAGCCAACCGUUGCCGCCGUUCACUUCCGAGGAGGCCUUUCUCGAUGCAAUUGCCGGUUUCGGCGAUACUGAGAAAUUUCUUCCUGUCGUCAGGACUUAUGAAAACGACUUGGCGCGGCUGACCCUCGUCGGCGCCGUCGACUCCAGGCAAGCAAUCACUGCCGCCGCUGCUGAUGGCGGAAGUACCGCCGAUGAACAUAUAUCUUCCGGCGUGACCGCCAUGGUUGUCGAGACCAUAUAUCCUGGCCCCGCCGACGACCGCAGCACCGUUUCUACUCGAUUGUUUUUGCCCACAUUGAAAGUUAAAGAAAAAGCUAUACAGCUCAGGAAAUCGAUGGCAAAAGAUAUGUUUCAAGGUAUCUCUUCGAAGAAUAUACUGUCGAUGACCUUUAGACAAGCAGUUUUGGAGCAGCUUUGGAGUCUCGAGCUGGCACUUUUCAAACCUGGAACUGAAAGAAAUAUGUCCGAUCUUGAAAGUCCGAGAGAGGUACCUGUAUUGUUAGCCCUCAGCUCAUCAGAUGAACUUGUAAUUUCUGAAAUUGGAGAGGUUGUCUGUGCUGCUGCCCUUGAAAACACAGAAAAGCAUUUUCUCUCUAGUUCUGCUAACAGAGCAUCCAAGAGAUUAUCAAGCUGGUUAAAGAAGCGUCAACAUAUUACAUCAAAGAAUUCUUCUGUUGUUCUGUAUAACUUGGUCGAAAAUGAGUUACUUGCUAAUGCCAAGACACUGCACGAGAAGUUCAACUCUGAAAGAGGAAAAUAUAAGCUUAAGGAUUCACAAUUGAAGAAAAGUUGGUUGACAUCGCCUGCAUUCUCGAAACUGGAAAAGAUUGGUGGUCCUGAAUUUGUUGCUUGGAUAAGUGAAUGUGUGCCGUCAUACAUGUUUGAAAUUGAUUCCAAUAGACUUGACAACGUGAAAUUUGAAGGGUGGAAGACCUUGGAGGAAAAUAGACUGGCAGUCGUUCUCACUCAUGCCCAGAUGGUUAGCUUGGUUGACAUUUUAGAUAUGUUCUAUGAGGACACUUUCACUCUGCCGGAAAAGAGGCUUCCAUGUCCUACAGUUGCAAAAUCAUCCAAACUGGAUCUCAAUAAGGGCAGUCCCCUGUUGAAGACAUUGUCAACUGUCCUUGUUAGUGGGAUUUUUUUUGUAACCAUUAGUGUUCUGGGAAAACUUUGUCUACCGAAGCUGCUGCCUAUCAGAGAGAGUUUUAUUCAACAAAACUCUCAAGCCCCAUUAUAUGACACUGUUCGUGUUCCAGACCAUUCUCUAGAACCCUCUGAGUUGGAGACAUGCUGUGUUUCAAUUAUUAGAAGAAUCAAGGAUUCUUUCUGUUGGCCUGGAGAAAUAAGGACACCAUCUGGUGCAUGUGCAUGUAUCGGUGAACUGCCUAAAUUCAUGAGUGAAGGGGGUUAUACCAAUUUCAGUAUGUCGGACAUGUCAUCUACAUCUAUGCCUUUACAAGCUAGUGAAGAAGAGAUGAAAAGACUAGAAGACAUUGCUAGUUAUCAGGUCAUCGUGUCGACUGAUGGGAAAAUCAUAGGGUUCCAACCCACUAAUCGAGUUGCUGUUAAUAAUUGGGCUGCAAAUCCAUUGGCCAAAGAGUUGUAUGGUGGCAAAAAACUCUCUCCUGGAUUACUAGAACCUGGUCUCAAGAUUUGCAAUCCGAGUGGCAUGGUCGUGUUGGAGCUAUUGAUAUCAUUAAAUCCAAAGUCCAAUUUUGCAUUAGUUAGGGCUAUUGAUACUAGUGGAAAUAUUGAUGGUUGAACUGCUGUACUUUUCAUAUAAGCUACAGAUUACAGUUUUACAGUAACUAAAACAUUCAUUAUUCCUUAGUUUGAUAUCGAACUGAUCUCAAUUUUGUAGGACGUGUUCUUGCCCCGGUAAAAAAUAAUAAAUUAUGCCAAUCUUAUUUACAUUGUUUCAA